AUGUCGGUCGACGCCCAACCUUCGGCGGCUGACCCGCAGUCCACUGUCCUCUCUGAGAAACCUACGACCGAACAGAGGAAACCUAUACACAGCAUCUGCCUUGACACAGGCCCAUUGAUCAAGAACGACCCCCCGGUCAGCACGCUCAUCGCCCAGGCGGACGAACUCUUCACACUGCCGUCGAUUAUUGACGAAAUUCGCGAUGCCGCUACGCGCACCCGAGUUGAGACAACGCUACUUCCCUUUGUCAAGUUACGGAAUCCCCGCCCCGCGAGCGUCAAAUUCAUUACCGAUUUCGCGCGUCGGACUGGCGACCUUGAAGUCAUGAGCAGGCCCGACAUUCAACUACUAGCGCUCACAUAUGAACUUGAACUGGAGCAGAAUAACGGCGACUGGAGGCUGCGGAAGGACCCGAAUCAGAAGGGUAUCAGCGGUAAGCCGCAUGGAAACGACGGCGGCCUAGAAAAGGAUAGCGUCGAUAUAGCGGAGGACAGCAAAGUUGAGGCGGCAGCGGCAGCAGCAGCACAGAGCCAGCUUGAAACGACAAAAGUCUCGCCUGCGGAGACGGUAACCGAGGUCGGGCCUGCUGCGAUAGAGCAAACUCUUGCAGCGCACACCGAAGAUUAUAACGAGAAGGCUGGCACUUGGGUCGAGGUACCAGCCAAGGCCGAUCUCACAGCUGGAGUCAACAGAAAAAUGGAGAAACUGGAAGUGCAAGACAAUAUCGAGGCUAAGCUCACGCCAGAGAGCGCACCAGCAGAGGACGAUGGAGCUGACUCGGACGACGGAUGGAUCACACCUUCAAAUCUGAAGAAGCACCAGGCAAAGGACACCAAGAAAGUUCUGCCGACAACUGCCGCCGUCUCUCUCAAAGUGGCCAUGCUGACAUCCGAUUACGCCAUGCAAAAUGUUGCUCUGCGCAUCGGUCUCAACCUUCUCUCCCCAGCAAUGUCACGCAUCACACAGGUAAAAAACUGGGUGCUUCGCUGCCACGGCUGCUUCCAGAUUUGCAAGAAGAUGGAUCGCCAGUUCUGCCCCAAGUGCGGACAGGCAACGCUGACGCGGACUUCGUGUACCACGGCCGAUGAUGGCUCGUUCCAGAUCCACUUGAAACGCAACUUCCAGUGGAACAACCGUGGCAAUGUCUUCAGCAUACCCAAGGCUGUCGCAGGCACGGCCAGCGGUAAGCUGUCGUCCAAGAGCGCUGGCGGCAAGAACAACUGGGGUACGAAGCUUCUGUUUGCGGAGGAUCAGAAAGAGUACGAGAGGGCUGUGGAGGAGAAGCGUCGCGAGCGAAAGAAGGACUUGAUGGACGAAGACUAUAUGCCCAACAUAAUCACCGGCGAGAGAACUGGCAGCAAUGGCAAGCUAAGGUUGGGUCCUGGUCGUAGCGUCAACUCGAAGCGCGCCAGGAGCUAG